CUUUUUGCUCUUCGAUGUUUUUGUUUUGAACAAAAUAAUUUAAAAUGUAAUUAAACUUGCUGCCUUGCCUAAAUGCUAAUUAAGUAACUAAGAAUUUUAAGUUAGUAGGCUGUUUUUAAAAUGAGUAUACAUUGAAAAGUAUGUUUCAACAUAAAUGUGUAAAAUUAAAAGAUGUUAUUUAUUUAAAAUUGUACUGGUACUAAUACAAUUGUAAUUAGUUUACAUAAAACAAUGAUUGAUGAUAACUAUUCUCAUCAGAAUCAUACACUGAUGUAUGUCACAGAAAGUGUUCCAGGACCGCCAGAAAACUCGAAACAUUAUAAUCAAAUAGUUGAAGAUUUCAAUUCACAGCUAACCAAGAAAUGUGAUUGUAAUAACUUAUGUGAACUCCCAUGUUGUCCUUGUGUCAAGCAGUCUGAUGGAAGUAACUAUGUACCAAGUUUGGAUACUGAUAUAUUGUAUUUAAAUGAAAGUAAACUGAAGGAUGGUGUAAUGGGCCCUAUACUAGAAUGUAAUGAUCUAUGUUCUUGUUCUUAUAAUUGUGGCAAUCGCCUUGUACAAAGAGGUCCUCAUAAAUCUUUGUAUGUUGGAAUGAGUUGUAAUGAAAAGAAAGGUCUUGGUCUAUUUUGUAAUAACUUUAUUCAAAAAGGUACAUUUGUUUGUGAAUAUGCAGGAGAAGUGAUAACCAAAGCACAAGCAAUUAGCAGGCAGCCCCCCAACAUUGUGAAUAAAGAAAUGAAUUACAUAUUUUGUUUAAAUGAACAUAGUGUAAGUGGAAUUUCACAAACAUUUGUAGAUCCAAGCGAGUUUGGGAACAUUGGACGGUAUGCCAAUCAUAGCUGUGAUCCAAAUUGUGUCAUUGUGCCUGUUAGGGUCAAUAUUCCCAUACCGAAACUGGCACUUUUUGCAUGCAAGGAUAUCCCUCCACAUUCUGAAGUCACUUUCCACUACGGCUCACCUGAUCGUACUUCAGAUUUGGUUGAAGAAGAUGUUGUCCAAAAGAAGUGUUUGUGCGGUACCGCAAAAUGUAAAGGUUGGAUGCCGUAUCAAAAGUUUUGAGUAGUCAUAAAAACUUCUUUGAAAGUACAAAAUCAGCAACAAGGUGUGACGAAUAUUAGAAAUGACACCCAGUUCUGGCCAAGAUCUAGCAAGAUC